AUGGCUCUCAUUGAUCGUGUCUGGCAUGCCUGCGUCACUAUUGUCGCAUGGCUGACCAUGUCGCCAACAUCCGAGUACUCAAACACGCACCAGCAUCCUCUCGGUCGUCCCGUAAACAACAUCAAACAAGCUGAUCCUGACUUUCCCAUCUUCAAACCCCCUCCUGGUGAGAGGGGUGAUCAUGAGUUUGUGUGCGAGUACCCAGAGAUGACUGGCUUUGUCCAGUGUUCCAUCCCAGAAAACAGAGAGUGCUGGCUUCGUCACCCUGACGGGCGAGAGUUCAACAUACACACCAACUAUGAAGACUUUGCGCCUGUUGGAAUUACCCGGAAUUAUACCCUUAACAUCACCAAUGAUUCGUUCAAUGCCGAUGGCCAGAAUUUUCCUCAGGCUAAGCUGUUCAAUGGAAUAUACCCUGGUCCUUGGCUAGAGGCUUGCUGGGGAGAUACUUUGAACAUCACUGUGAUCAAUAGCAUGACUAAUAAUGGUACCAGUAUCCACUGGCAUGGAAUCAGACAGAAUCAGACCAUGGAUAUGGAUGGCGUCAAUGGUAUUACACAGUGUCCUAUUGCACCUGGCGAUAGCUUCAACUAUGUCUUCAAGACUACUCAGUAUGGAACGUCUUGGUAUCACAGCCACUACUCCGUGCAGUACGCAGAUGGUCUGCAAGGCCCCCUGACCAUCCAUGGCCCUCAAUCGGCGCCUUACGAUGCUACCAAGCGACCGUUGCUGAUGACGGAUUGGUCUCACGAAAGUGCCUUCAGAUUAUUAUUCCCCGGUUCCACAUUCGCAAACAAGACCAUUCUUAUGAACGGCGCCGGUAACGUCUCAAACUUCAGGUUCAAUGAUGCAUCUCCAAACUACGUCCCUAGCUUGGACAUACCAGAGACCUACGAGCUCCACUUCAACAAAACUCCAACAGAUAGGCCCAGGAGACCAAAGAGAUACCUGCUCCGUCUAAUUAAUACUUCAUUUGAAUCGACAUUUGUCUUUUCAAUCGAUAACCAUUGGCUGCAGAUCGUCACUUCUGACUUUGUACCCAUUGAGCCGUACUUCAAUACUUCUGUCUUGAUCGGGAUUGGUCAGCGAUACAACGUCAUCGUGGAGGCUAACCCUCUUGCUGGUGAUGUGAAUCCCGUUCCAGAGGAUGGGAACUUCUGGAUCAGGACCUGGGUCACAUGUGUCAGAGCGCCCGGGGGUGUCGGCUACGAGAGAACUGGUAUUUUAAGAUACAACCACUCCGACACCGCACUGCCGAUUACCCAGCCAUGGGUGAACAUCAGUCUGAACUGCUCCGACGAGACCUACACGUCGCUAAGGCCAAAGCUACCGUGGUACGUAGGUCCUGCUGCGAACGGUAUAACUACAGAGGCUGGUGAACAGUUCAAUGUCACUUUUGACCGAGACGCCAAGAACAGACCAGAGUUCAAGACAGAGUAUCCACUGGCGACAUUUGGUCUUCAAAGGCCUGGAGAGCCUGGCUUCAGGCCGCUCCAGAUUAAUUACUCUGAUCCAGUGAUGAUGCACUUGGAUGAGUCGCAUGAUUCGUAUCCGCCGAAGUGGGUGGUGAUUCCUGAGGAUUUCACUGAGGACGAAUGGGUCUAUCUUGUUCUCACUAUGGAUGUCGCUAGCAGUAUAACCAAUGCCCACCCUAUUCAUCUCCACGGCCACGACUUUGCAAUUCUGCAACAGGAAGAGGGCCAGCUCUACGACCCUAGUGAUCUCAACCUCAAACUUGAUAACCCACCAAGAAGAGAUGUCGUGCUACUUCCCACGGGUGGCUUCGUUGUGAUCGCUUUCAAGGCCGAUAACCCAGGUGUUUGGCUAAUGCAUUGCCAUAUUGCUCGGCAUGCAUCCGAGGGCUUGGCAUUGCAGAUCCUUGAGCGACAGCCUGAUGCAAAUAGACUCUUUCCCGUGGGUUCGCCCAAUAUGGUCGAGGCGGAGAGAGUUUGUCGAGAGUGGAAGACUUGGGAGCACAGUCAGGCGAAUUUCUUUGAUGGCGAUUCCGGCAUCUGA